GGGGAGGAGAUGAAAUUUUGAGUGUUGCAUGCUGAAAAAAACAAAAAAAAGGACUAAAAAAUAAAAACGACGGAUUUUUGAUGGCGGAAUUCGUCCACCAGUGUUUUUCGUACUUUUUUAUACUUUUUUGGACUUUUCUUGACCUUCAUCUCGAAGCUGUCUCGUCGAUUGUUACUGUUUUCAUUCUAUACAUACCAAGUGCAUGUCUGAAAAUAACCUGUUUCAGUUUGCACAAGUGAUUACCGAACUUCCUAUACCUCAUGCUUCGCAUCACCCUUCGCAAGGAAGACGAGAGCUCGGUCAUGGUAUGACCCAUCAUCGCACACUGCCUAUUCGAAAGAAUGCUUGUCUUGUGUGCAGUGUAUGCUUCACGUGUUCUCGAUUUUAUGGAACGGAUUGUACAUGUCACGAAGUACAACCUCGACGCGGGAAAAACUUACCGGAGGGCAGUUUGGAUUCCCGAGCCAAGAAAUUGCACCCUCAAGAUAAAGAAGACUAUGAUUUUUCAAUGAGAUGGUUGUCAGAACAUGCUCACCCUAUUUAUAAAGAUGAAAAUGAUCAUGUUGUUGGGUUACGUGACUUGGCGGAAGUGUCACUUUGCAAGGCACACAGUAGUACACUCUAUCGUGCCAAGAAGAAGCACGAACGCAAAAAUCAGGCUCCGCCUUCCCCCGCCGAUUCGAAUGGCAUGGAGUUGGCAGAAGAUCGAGAACAUCAUCCUCAAUCGCCUUAUAUGGAUCCUUAUGCGGUUCAUCAUCAUCCUUAUCAUGCCGCCGCUCACUCCAGUAUCCUUGGCAGUGGUCGUCUAGCCGCCAAAGUGCGAGAAAUUUCUUAUCAGCAGCAUGCCGCACAUCGUCACGACUCGUCCACUUCGGCCGAUUUUCCUCUCGUGGUUCCUUCAACUUCGAACAAGAGAAAGUGUAUCAGUCGACCCUCGUCCAUGGAACAUUCCCCGCAUUCAAGCGCUUCCACGCCUCUCUAUGCAACUGGCAUGACCCCUUUAUUAACCAAUCAUCCAUUCUCUGCUUCCUCUUCGUCAGCACCACCUACUCGUCAACCACAUCAACAACAUGUAGAUAGUUUUCCAUCCCAAUUACCUCCUUUGCAUUCACGAGGCCAUACACAUACCUCAUCACUGUCAUCGUUACCGAUGACUAUGCAACAGUCAAGCCAACUUUCAGAUAACUUUUCAGGAUACAAUCGGCAAUCACCAGGCCAACACCAGCACCAGCACCAACACCAAUACCAUCAACAACAUCAUCCUCAUCAACAGCAACCACCGCCACAAUCCACACACGAACCGCAACAACAACAACAACAACAACAACAACAGCAGCAACAACAGCAUCCAGCGCUAUCGCCUCAUUUACCCUCAGUGCCACAUACAACUGUGGUUGAAACUGUGUCACUGAAAAGUUCGGCCACAACCCCCAGUUCUCCACCGAUGUAUUAUAUACGUAAUUUGGCAAUUACGGAUGAUUUUACGUUCAGAAAUCUGCUGGCGGAAAUCGAUAUGACGGGACCUCCCCCACCUGGGAAACGAAUCAUUAUAUCAGAUGCCAAGAAUGAGCGGAUUUUCCCACUGGAUCAAGCGAUUCGAAGUGUUAUUAGACGACCUUCUUCAUCCCACAUAGACUUGUGCCUCGGUCUAAGCGACAAACCUUCCAUUGAUUGGAGCACUUACGCAUGAAAUGUCCCUUUCUUGUGUCACCUUUUUUUUAUGGCUUCAUCAUCGUUUCUAUGAACAUUCUUUAGAAUUGUUUCUUAUUUCUUUAUUUGAUACUUCAAACAUUAUAGUUGGCGUCCUUUUAUUUUUAUCUUGC